UCUUUUUUAUACAUUUACACUUAUAUUUUUGCUGACACAACCAUGAGUAAUAAUGAAGGUGUAGUUUACCAGAAUCGGUUCGAAAGAAAAGAGAAAUUAGGUAGUGGCUCUUACGGGAGUGUCUACAAAGUCUUUGAUCGACUUUACGGAGAGUAUUAUGCAAUCAAGAUUGAGCCUUACAAUACACGAGCUAAACGAGAAUUAAACGCGCUCAUUGCUGUGGAAGGCGAACCUGGGUUUCUAGAACUUAUUCACUAUUUCAAGGAGGGAAUGCUUACGCUGCAUAUUGUUUUUACUUUGGUGGGUACCACCUUACAUGACCAUAUCAAAAAGACCUUCCAAGAGAAAAAAGUCGAUUUAAAGACCGUUCUCCUUCUAGCAGAUCAAAUGAUUGAUCGUUUACGUACGUUACAUGGACGUGGUUAUGUACACCGAGAUUUGAAAACCGAUAAUUUCGCCAUGGGUUUGGAUUGUGAUAUAUCGACAUUGUACUUGUUGGAUUUAGGUUUGGUUAAACGUAUCAAGACUGAUAGCAAUCAUCAUAUUCAUAUGAAUUCGGGUCAUGACUUGAUUGGUAAUUCAAGGUACUGUAGUCUCAACAGCCACAAAGGAUACACAUUAUCAAGGAGAGAUGACCUUGAAUCCAUGGCAUACCUUUUAAUUAGUUUCUUAAAGGGUGGAUUACCGUGGUCUAGUUUACGAGAUUAUAGUGAUAUUUACCGCUUGAAGCGAGGAUCCGUCACUGAACUUUGUCGUGGUUUGGAUCCUGAAUUUGCCGAUUUCCUAAGAUAUGCUAGACAUCUUGACUUUAAGAGGAAGCCCGAGUACCAUUAUAUCAAGGAACUCUUUCGACGCGUGGCUGCUCGACAUGGUAUUGAAUACGAUGGUAUAUUUCCUUGGAUGAGUCCUGACGUUAUUGCUAAAAAGAGACAAAUGGCUGAAGAAAGAUCUACCAUGUUAAAAAAUAUCCUCUUUAAAUCCGAACAUUCUUUGGAUGGAAACCGUCGUAUUGAAUACAAUGGUAUUAAGCAUCUAACACAGUCCCAUGAUGACGCUUCUGCUGCUGCUGCUGCUGCUGCUGUUGAAACAACAGUAGAACCGUGUGCAAGUAACAUGCAUAUUGAAAAUAUGCCACCGGAGACUGCUCAAGAUGAAGAGCCGCCUGUACAUAUCAGCCACAUGGAUGUUGACAACACUGGUCACGAUGAUAACCUUUGUAAAGUGAAUGUUAAUAAAGAGACGCCUAUGGUGGAGAAUGUUGUCAAUCCUGAUGAUGAUAAAGAACCACCUGUAAAUAAUAGUGAUCAUGACAAUGCAAAGAAGGAUGAUCAAGAACCAGCUGUAAAUAAAAGUAGCGAUCCGGUAGACACACCCGAUGAGAAGCUCAUACCCAAUGAGGAAAGUGGUUUACCCAACGACACAUGUCCUGCGAAUAAGGAAGCAUUGUCUUCUGUCCACUCCAAUACCGUUUACAUGACCAGAAAACGUAAAGCUGAUGUCCUUGAUAAUAGUAAACCAAUUUAAAAAUUACUAUAUAUGUAGCUUUAAAAUAAAACAUAUAAAUAUAUAUAUAUAUAUAUAUAUAUA